GGCGCUGGCGCCGCCUGGCAACCAAUGGGCGGCUCGCUUAGAGCGGUGGCUCGCUUUUUGAAUUGGGGUCGGCGGCCGCUGCCUGGAGCUUGGCGGAGUGGCCGGGUUGCGGGUUUGAGCGUGAGGCGCGGUAGAUAACGUUCUUGGUUCUUCUAUGAGACUUUCCGGUGAUGGCGAGGAACCCUUUCUCUCUGUCUGUGACAAGGACUGCAUCCCUGAAAUUGCCCAGUAAGCCAGGCCUGAGCAACUCUAACAGUGAGCAGGACGAAUGUGGUCCAGGGGUGGCAGCUGCUGAAGAAAGAAGCACAGAUUUGAUCAUGACUGACAGCAGUAUGCUAGUGUCUGACAUAGGAAGUAGUCUCUUGGGAGAUUCUUCUGUUCUUGAUUCAAAAAUUACUGAAACUUCCAAGGAGAAUGUAUUUAUUGGAUUGGCUACACACAUGGAAGAGGAGGUACCUCAAAUUGAAACCAGAGUGGUUUUAGUUCAGGAAGCUGGGAAAUGUGAGGAACUCUUGAAAGCCUUGGAGACAAUUAAGAUAAUGGAAGUCCCAGUUAUAAAGAUAAAGGAAACUAGCCCUGGUAAAUCGGGAGAAAAACUAAUAAAAAGUAUAAUUCAUAUGGAAAUAAAAGUGCCCUAUAUAAAGAUGGAAUCCAUAGAAGAGUUUGGUGAUUCUGAGUCUCCAGAAUUUGAGACAGUCUUCAUUGUAGCAGACUUUCAAAAUUCUCUUUUGGACAACUUGUACAAGUUUGACGGACGUGUUCUUGGACCUCCAAUAGUACUUCAUUGUGCUCAGAAAGGAGAGCCUCUUCCUUUCUCAUGUCGUCCAUUGUACUGUGCAAGUAUGUUGAAUCUGGUGCUGUGCUUUACAGGAUUCAGAAAGAAAGACGAACUAGUUAAGAUGGUGACAUUGGUUCAUCAUAUGGGUGGAAUUAUUCGAAAGGACUUCAGUUCAAAAGUUACACAUCUGGUGGCUAAUUCUACACAAGGAGAAAAAUUCAGACUUGCUGUGAGUCUGGGAACUCCUAUUGUGAAAGCUGAGUGGAUUUACAAGGCUUGGGAUAGAAGGAAUGAACUUGACUUCUGUGCGGCUGAUGAGGAAUUCAGAAAUGAGUUCAAGGUUCCUCCAUUCCAGGACUGUGUAUUAAGUUUCCUUGGAUUUUCUGAUGAAGAGAGAAUUAACAUGGAAGAAAUGACAAAAAUGCAAGGUGGGCGGUACAUGCCAGUUAGUGAUGAUAGAUGCACACAUCUGGUGGUUGAAGAAAAUACAGUGAAAGCUCUCCCAUUUGAGCCUCCAAAGAAACUUUAUGUUGUAAAGCAAGAGUGGUUCUGGGGAAGCAUUCAGAUGGAUGCCAAAGCUGGAGAAUCCAUGUACUUAUUUGAAAAGCCUGAGAGUCCUGAACUCAAAAAGUCUGUGUCCCAACUUUCUCUGAGUACUCCAAAUAGUAAUCGCAAGAGACGACGCUUGAGAGAGACCCUUGCACAGCUUGCCAGAGAAACUGACAUGUCACCAUUCCCUCCUCGGAAACGGCCCUCAGCGGAGCAUUCCCUUUCUAUGGGGUCUUUAUUGGAUAUUUCUAACACACCAGAGUCCAGCAUUGCCACUGGAGAAACACCAAAAUCAUGUGCAAAGCCUUCCAAAAAUUCAACUCCUCUGCCUUCAAAGCAGUCUGCAAGAUGGCAGGUUGCAAAAGAACUCUAUCAGACAGAAAGUAACUAUGUAGAUAUUCUGACAACAAUUAUUCAGUUAUUUCAAGUUCCGUUGGAAAAGGAAGGGCAACUUGGAGGACCUAUCCUUGCACAGGAGGAAAUUAAGACCAUAUUUGGCAGCAUUCCAGACAUCCUUGAUGUGCACGCUAAAAUGAAGGAAGACCUUGAAGACCUUAUGAUAAACUGGGCUGAAAGCAAAAGCAUUGGUGAUGUUAUUCUUAAAUAUUCAAAAGACUUGUUGAAAACAUAUCCUCCUUUUGUGAACUUCUUUGAAAUGAGCAAAGAGACUAUUAUGAAAUGUGAAAAACAGAAGCCACGGUUUCAUGCUUUCCUAAAGAUAAACCAAGCUAAGCCAGAGUGUGGCCGUCAAAGUUUAGCUGAACUACUCAUUCGACCAGUUCAGCGGUUACCCAGUGUUGCUUUACUUCUGAAUGACCUAAAGAAGCAUACAGCAGAUGACAACCCAGACAAAGGCAUGUUGGAGAGAGCCAUUGACUCAUUAAAGGAAGUGAUGACACACAUUAAUGAAGACAAAAGAAAAACAGAAGCACAAAGACUGAUCUUUGAUGUUGUCUAUGAAGUUGAUGGAUGUCCUGCCAAUCUCCUGUCAUCUCACCGAAGCUUAGUUCAGCGAUUGGAAACAGUGGCACUUGGUGAUGACCUCUGUGACAGAGGAGAACAGGUCACGCUCUUUCUCUUUAAUGACUGUCUAGAGAUUGCAAGGAAACGGCACAAAGUUAUCAGUGCUUUCAAGAGUCCUCAUGGCCAGACCAGGCCCCCAGCAUCUCUCAAACACAUUGUUCUAAUGCCUCUCUCGCAGAUCAAGAAAGUGCUAGACAUCAGGGAGACAGAAGACUGUCAUAAAGCUUUUGCCUUGGUUGUGCGACCACCAACAGCACAGAACAACUUGUUGUUCAGUUUUCAAAUGACAACUGAGGAAUUUCCUAAAGAGGAUUGGCUGAAGAUGCUGUGUCGGCAUGUAGCAAACACAAUUUGUAAAGCAGAUGCUGAAAACCUCAUUUACACUACUGAUCCUGAUUCAGUUGACAUAAAUACAAAAGAUGUGGACAGUACGUUGAGUAGGGCAUCCAGGGCAAUCAAGAAGACAUCAAAAAGGGUUACAAGAGCAUUCUCUUUCUCCAAAACACCAAAGCGAGCUCUUCGAAGGGCUUUAAUGGCGCACAACACAGUAGAAGGAAGGAGUCCCUGCUCAGCUAAUGAAAGUUAUUUAGGCAGCCGUCUGACCAGUACAUCCUCUUUAGCGGCUAUUGCUUCUCCUUCCUUGGUAAAUCUUCCCUCAAUGUUUGCAAAGAGGAGUCACACCUUAAGUCGAUCAACAACCCACUUGAUAUGAAGUAGACUUAAAAUGGACUACUAUAAUGUAAUGACUGACAAGCAACUGGCUGUUCAGAUGAUCUAUUACUGACAUUAAUGGUACUUUAGUCAAUAUCACUUUAAUGACCUUUACGUUAAUAUUACCCAAUAUCUUGUUAACCAGUAGGGACUCUUUGACUAGUAUUGAAGCAGAUCACCUAGUCGACCAAACAAGUGAAAAAUUUGAUCUAGUAUUAGAUAUAAUAUAUUACUUUGCACAGAUCUGUUUCUUCAUUGUUUCAACAAACUGUCUAGUUUAGGCUAUAAACUUGUCAAAUGCUUAAAUUAAGAAGUCUCUUAUUUAAGUCAUCCACUGGAUGAGGUUCUUCAGUUAAUCUAGAAGAGGUUUCUUAACUUCACCAGUUGGCUCUGUAUUCCUUAUCUUAAAAGCUAAUGCCUGGACCCUUGACUAAACAGAAAUAGUUUGCUUCAGAUGUGCUCCUUCAGAGUAUGACAGUUGGCCUGUUAUACAGCUGCUUUUUCAGGAUAUUCUAGACGAUCUAGGUUGUUAGUACAUGAAUAUACUUGUGAGUGAUCUAAUGCAUGUGGUUGUUCAUAUUUUCUAUGCAUCCUUUUCUAACCCAAUACUUUGGAAUUCUGUGACUAGCUUAGCCACCGAGAAUAACUUGAUCUGAUAACAAAUUAAAAUGAACACUUUUAAAAUGUGCAAGUCCAAGGAAGAAAAAACACUGUACUUAAACUGUAUUUAUAGCCUUUGAGUUGAGACUAGUUAUAAAACUGUCUCCAGAAUGUUGUUUAACUACUUUUAUAUGUGUAGUUUAUUCAUGCACUGGCUCCUACAGUGCCAAGCUGAAAUUGUGGGCCUUGUUAGAGUGUUUAACACUAAUACUUUUACUUAUAGGUUUUUGAUGUAUAAUUUCCAAAGCUUUUUUUCCUACAUCUUUGCUAUACUUAGUCAUUUUGUACCUUUGCAAGCUGUACAUCUUAGAAUAAUCACGUUUUCUCUCUAUUAUCCAACACCAUCUCAGGAAUUGUCCAAAUGUGUAUAUUUCUGCAUUUUAAUAACUCUGAACUAACUGCCUGUAUGUCAUGUGUAACAUUUCCAACUUAUGAUUCCCUUUAAAAAAUAGCAUUUUGAGGUUGUUAUAUGUAAUUAGUGUGUUUUGAAGAUGUCAGAUGGCCUGUUACUUCUGUAUUUUUAAGAUUGUGUUUUUUGCAAAUACAAAUCAUGUAAAUAAACUGUUAAAACAA